CAACUUGUAUCUGUUUAAAAAUACUUGUAUCAUCGAGAUAGACAAUGAACCCGAGUGUUGAAGUAGUCAAGCAAUGUGAUAUUCGAUAUCCUGGAGAGUAUGACUCGGCUAGAGCUCUGGAUCUGUAUUUACCAUCACUCGACAUUGCAGAAUCUAGCAAGAGACCCGCUGUGUUUGUCCAUGGUGGAGCCUGGAUUACAAGCAAAAAAAGUGAAUUUGAGUAUAUGGGAUAUGCACUUGCAUCGAGAGGGAUUCCAACAGUUAUAGCUGGUUAUCGACUUUCUCCUGCUCAAGGUAUCAUCGAUCCAAAGUUGUGCCAUCCAAUGCAUUUUGAAGAUAUAUCAAGUGCUGUUGCUUGGGUCUUGUCAAAAGAGGCAGUAGUAUGUUUGGGCUUUACACCUGCUUAUAUAGUGCUGAUUGGCCAUUCUGCUGGUGCUCACUUGACUGGACUACUGGCUCUAAAGUCGAUCAACUGUGCAACUCCAACAAAAACUCGUCUAGAUCAAACAGCAUCAAUCAGGGGUGUGAUUGGUAUUGAAGGCAUCUACUCACUAUCAGAUCUGGCCAAAACGUUUCCCACGUAUGUGCCAUGGUUUAUUGAGCGAGCAUUCAUGCGUGAUCCAUUGCUUUGGGAUAAAGCUUCUCCCAAAGAAGUAGCUAUAAGCAUGCUUUCUGAAAAAUCGCAUAUUGCUGAUGUCACUCUGCCAAGAUACUUACUAAUACACAGCCCAGAAGAUGAGUUGGUAAAUAUGGAACAAACCAAUGACUAUGCUGCUGCAUUGCAAUCCAUCAAUGUAGAUGUCGAGGUUUGCAUAAAUAUUUCGGGUAGUCACGAUGACAUACUAAAAAACCCCGAAUUACACGAUAGGCUUGCCAAGUUUAUUUCAAGUCUUGAAUUCUGAUUACAUCGAACGAUCUGCUUCGAACUGAAAUAUUGUAGCUCAACAAUACGUUAUAGUCAGAUUUUAAAAGGAAUUUACAAUUGGCUUGCAGAGAAACGCUCUUAUCAUUCAGAUAUGUAUUACUAUAUUCUUGCAAGCCAACAGUAAAAUAAACAGAAUGCCAUUCACAUUCUUC